AUGGCAAAGAAGCGCUCGUACAAGCCGGUGUUUACAGGGCUAGCACUCUGUCUAACAGUGCUAUACUUCUUCACCAGUUACCAACGAAAACAGCAAUACAAAAGAGACUACCACCUCCCGAAAAACCAACUCCUUCGCGAAUUGGAAUCCAACAAGGACUGGAAAACCCAGGGGCUCAAUUUCCAACCAUCACUAGAUACAUUGACACCCACACGAUGGGCCACGUCGCUAGAAAGCCAGCUCGCGUUGGCAUUUCCCUACGAUGCACUGGCGCAGUUCCCGCGCACCAUCUGGCAAACAUGGAAAGUAGCACUCGACGACCCCGCUUUCCCCAAACGAUACACCAAUUACCAGCGCACUUGGGACGAUCACAACCCCGAGUACAAACAUUACGUGAUACCAGACGAGCAAUGCGAUUAUCUCGUUGACGAACUAUUCCGUUCAACGUGUCCCGACGUGGCGCGCGCUUAUCAACUACUCCCCAAAUCCAUCAUGAAGGCCGAUUUCUUCCGAUACUUGAUCUUGUUCGCGCGCGGUGGAGUCUACUCCGAUAUCGACACCGUGAAUCUCAAACCCGUGGAUACGUGGGUUAGCAAUUGGGAGCACUAUCUUGGAAGAGAGCAGCGAGCGGGGAUCGUAGUUGGCAUCGAGGCCGAUCCAGACCGGCCCGAUUGGCACGAGUGGUACGCGCGCCGCAUCCAGUUUUGCCAAUGGAGCAUCCAGCUGAAGCGCGGCCAUCCGCUUCUCCUCCGCUUGAUCGCCAAGAUCACUGAAUUGACGCUCGAGCGAGAUAAGCGGGGCACGUUGCAUAAGGUGAUGGGCAAGGACUCGGGUGGGGAUAUCAUGGAGUGGACGGGGCCGGGCAUUUUCACUGACGCCGUGUUCGACUAUAUCAACUCCUUGUUGCUGCUGCUGCCGAUGAUGAUGAUGAAUGAGCAUGAGGGGGUGAGAGGGAGGAAAGUCAAGGAGGAAGUGGUGGAUUGGAAGUUGUUCACGGGCAUGACUAAACCGAUUGCGAUUGACGACGUGUUGAUCUUGCCUAUUACUGCGUUCAGUCCCGAUGUGAAUCAGAUGGGCGCAAAGGAUUCCAACGAUGAGCAGGCGUUGGUCAAACAUGUGUUUUCCGGAAGCUGGAAAGAUGAUAACAAGGUGUAA